AUGUUUGUGAAUCCUGCUGGUCAGAUUGAAGACAUCAUCGACGAUUUUACUUCUUCCUUGAGCAUCAAUCACAAACGAAGCAAAGUUGAGUGCGAAGAAAUUGACCAAAUAAUAUUAGUCUUCCAUGAUGUCAACGGCGGCAAAAUCCGCCGAGAAGGUGCUCGUUGCUUCAUUUCCAUUUUGGACGAGCGCAAACAAUCAAAAUCAACGAAGAAUAUCUCGACCGAUGGAAUCGACAUGUCUGCUGAGCUUGAGAAGUUGAAACAACAGCUCAAGGCUUCAGAAGAACUCAAUGCCAAAAUUCAAUUUGAUCUGGACGCGGCCAAGGGCGCUUUUGACGAUCUUCAAAAGGACGUUGACACGCAAAGUGCUCAAAUCAACCGCUUGAAGACCGAAAAAGCCGACUUGGAGAACCACAACGCCAUUCACGAUGCUAAACUUGCCAAUGCCAAUAAAGAACUGGCGGACCUUGAAGCUGUCAUCGCUCAAUUGAAAGACGAGUUGGCCACAAAGGACUUGAAAAUCACCAAUCUUCAAUGGGAAAACGACAUUAUUCUCAAAACACCACUCGAUGCUAAGACCGUCAAAAGCAAGAACGAACAAGAUGAACCUACGGAAGACAUUUACGGACUCAAAAUGAGCGUCAUCGAAAAACAAGAAGAAAUCGACGAGCUAAAUGCUCUCCUCGCUGAUCUUCGAAAACAACUAGCCGACUCGAACGCAGAAAACGACAAGCUAAAAUCCGAAAAUAUAGAAAAAGACAAAGCUCUGGACAUCGUCAUGUUCAACAUGGACUCCCUUACUACGAAGGUACGAGAAAGAGGCCAGGAGAUUGAUGAUCUCAAGGCGCUACUUGAUGGAAUGAAGUAUGACAUGGACAAAAUGAAAAAUGAACUUGACGAUGCAAAAGCUGAAAAUCUCCAACUCAGAUCCGAAAAUGAUGAUCUUGCAAGUCAACUCAAGCUCAAAAACGACGAAAUUCAGAAGCUUCAAGACGACUUAACGACCAACUUGGCCAAUGCGUCACUAGCAAGCGCGAAUCUCGACGAGGACUUGAAGACUGCAAGGGAUACUAUUGCCGCACAGGAAGAUGAGUUGAAGGAAAAAAUGGAAAUUAUCAAUUCCAAGAUUGCUGAAAAUGAUGCGUUAAAGAACGAAAAUGCAACACUCAAGCAACAGCAACAGCUCCUCAAUCAAAAACUAAACGAUCAAGCCGCCCAGCUCAAGUUUUUUCACGAUGGAAAAGAUAAAGCAAUCGAACUUAUCGCCCAGAAAAACACCGAAAUCGACAGACUCAAAGCCAAAAUAUCCCUGCUCGAGCAAAAGAUCAAGGAUAAAGAUGGACUUUUGAACAAUAAAAAUGAAGAGAUCGCCAGUUUGAAAUAUGCCCAGAACAAAUUGAAGAACCUUUAUGGUGAGUUGAAGGAGCAAAAUAGCAACUUGGACUCAGCCUUUAUCAUAAUUGCUGCGAAUUUUGAAGUUUUGAAGAUCAUUUCUUCCGCCCAGAAAACAAAAAUUGUCAAACAAGAUGAAGAGAUCUCUUCACUUAGAACUAAAUUAUCCGCAACAAACGCAAAAUUCAACGAAGUCAGCAAAUCCAAGAAGAUUCUCGAACAAGAGUAUCACAUUCUUCAAGAAAACCUCCUCCGCGACACCCAGAAAAUCAACGAUCUUGAAGACCAAGUUUCCUCCCUCAAUGCAAACCUUACGAGUCUAAGCAAAGCGAAAGGCAUGGUGGACGAUUCCCUCGCUAAAUCAGUUGCUGAAAAUGCUGCCUUGACUUCUUUGAAGGAUGAUCUUGAGCAUAAGCUCAAUGAAAUGACAGUCGCCUUUGAAGUUAAAAAAGAGCAAGCGGAGAAAUUGGAAAGGGAUAAUGGCAAUCUCAAAAACGCCAAUGUCUUCAUCGAGGCCAAUUUCAAGCUUGUCUUAACUCUUGUCAAUGCUCUCCGAACAACAGUUGAUGAUCUUCAAAAUGAAAUCAAGAACAAAGACUCCAUCAUCGACCAGCUUGAAACGGAGAAGAAAAAUCUCAACGAUGCAAAUUUGGUUUUAACGGCAAACAUCGAAAAACUGACGGAAGAGACUGAAAACUUAAAAUCGACAGUUGAAUCGGACAAAAUCAAAAAGCAAGAAAUGGCAGAUCAAAUCGCAGCGCUUGAUAAGGAAUUAAAAAAUCUCGUCGUUGAUAACGCGAACCUCAAGAACUCGCUGAAACAAUCUGAAGCCGAAAAGGCUGUUCUUGCAAAAGAAAAGGCAGAAGCCGAUCUGGCUCUAGAAAACUUUGAAAACCUGAGCAAAGUUAUAGAAGCAAAUGUGAAUCUACUUGUCGGUCAUGUUUCUACCUUUCUCAAGCAAAUUUCUGAUCUCAAGGGAGAAAAAGCACAGCUGGAGUCGGACUACGCAUCUCUUGAGAAAGAAAAGAAAAUCUUGGACCAAGAAUACACAAUUCUUCAGAAACAGGUUGAUUUUGACACCGUGACGAUUGCCACUCUUGAAUCUGAAGCCGUCGAACGCAAUUCAAUAAUCCAAGAAAUGGCUGGUGAAAUCACUCGACUUGGAUCCGACUUGAAGAAGACGCAACGAGAACGAGAUCUAUUUGAAAACGAAAAAAUCGCCCUUGAACACAAGUUUGAUGCUCUUACUGUGAGUUUUGAAGCUGUUAAUGCCAAAUGUGAACAACAAGAAGAACUGAUCAAGAAUAUGGACGAUGCGAACAUCAUCAUGGAGGCGAAUUUGAGGAUUCUCGAAUCAGCUGUAAAAUCGCUUCUUGACGAAAACACAACUUUAAAGAAUGAUAAUGUUAAUCUUCAGAAGAAUCUAAGCGACUUGACAACGUCCUACAAAAUGCUUCAGGCAGAAAACGAUGAACUUCACGCUACAAACUCUGAUUUGCAUCAAAAGAUUCUCGAUUUAUCAAACGCGAAUAAGAUCAUUGAAGCGAAUUUCAAAAUUCUCGCCAGUGCUGUUCAAGCCCUACGCGAUUAUAAUGACGCUCUCAAAACAGCGAAAGCUGAUCUUGAGAAACAACUGGAAGACCGAAACAACGCGCAGAUUAUCAUCGACGCCAAUUUCAGUCUUUUAGUCGAUGCUGUCAAUUCUCUUUAUGAUGAAAAUAACGCACUGAAGAUCGAAAAAGCAGACCUUGAAAGUCAAUUUGAGGAUUUUUCAAAAGCCAAUGCUGUUAUCGAAGCCAAUUUCAAGAUCUUGGCUAGUGUGGUGAAAUCGUUGAGGCAAGAAAAACUCGAUCUUCAGCAAAACUAUUCAUCUCUUGAAAAAGAGAAGAAGAUAUUGGAUCAAGAACAUGAGAUUCUCCAGCACCAGGUCGAGUUGGACACCGCGAAAAUUGCUUCACUCGAAUCUGAAGCUGUCAAACUCAACUCCACUAUUCAAGAGAAAAUUGAUGAAAACACUCGACUUGCAUCAGAGUUAGCAGAAACCGAAAAAGAACGAGAUCAGUUGAAAAAAGAAAAAUCAGCUCUCGAACACGAUUACGACGCCCUUACUGUCAGUUUUGAAGCUGUGAACAUCAAAUGUCAAGAGCAAGAAGGAUCAAUCAAAAAUUUGCACGACGCGACAAUCAUUCUAGAGUCGAACUUCAACCAGAUCAUGAAGCUGGCACUUACUCUGAAGGAAGAAAAAGAAGCGCUUGAAAUUAAAAACGCUUAUUUGAAGAACCAACUUCAAGCAUUUAUGAAUGCGAACUCGAUUAUUGAAGCAAAUUUCAAGACCCUUGAAUCUGCUGUGAAAUCUCUUCUCGAUGAAAAUGCUGCUCUGAGGACUGAAAAAGCAAAGCUUGAGGCGGAGAACGACGACUUGAAAGCUGCUAACUCUGAUUUGGAACAGACUAUCAACGAUUUGACCAAUUCGAAUAUAAUUGUUGAGGCUAAUUUCAAGCUCCUAGCAACUGCUGUUCAGACUCUCAGGGAUGAAAAUGAAGCUCUGAAAGCUGACAAAGCCGAUCUUGAGAAGAAGGUUCAGAAAUUCAUCGAUGCGAAGGUCAUCAUCGAAGCCAAUUUCAACCUCCUGGUCGAUGCUGUCAAAGCAUUGAGAGCCGAAAACGAUGAUCUGAAGGUCACAAAAACAAAUCUGGAAAAACAGAUCGAAGAUUUUUCGAAUGCUAAGAUUGUCAUCGAGGCAAACUUUAAGAUUUUGGUUGACGCUGUCAAAUCUCUGAGGACAGAAAACGAUAGCUUGAAAGCCGACAAAGCGAACCUCGAAAAACAAAUUGAUGACUUCUUGAAGGCAAAAAUUGUCAUCGAAGCCAAUUUUGAGCUUCUCGUCGACGCUGUCAAAUCUCUCAGGGAUGAAAUUGCAACCCUCAAGGCCGACAAAGCUGAUUUGGAAAAGAAGCUUCAAGACUAUAUCAACGCCAAAAUUGUAAUCGAGGCCAACUUCAAGAUCUUAGUCGACGCUGUCAAAUCUCUAAGGAUUGAAAAUGGUGAUCUGAAAACGAUCAAAUCUGAUUUGGAGAACAAGCUCGAAGAUCUCCAGAACGCAAAUACUGUGGUCGACGGAAAUUCCAAGCUCCUAGCUGAUCUUGUCCAGUCACUUAGGGAUGACAACCAAACUUUGAAAGAUGAAAAAUCAGCUCUUCAGAAAUCGCUUCAAACGCUUCAAGAUAAUUACGAUAAUCUUGCUGAGGCGAAGAGAAAAGCAGAUGAGCUUCUCGAAAACAAGGACUAUGCUAGAAUUGUCAUCGAAGCAAAUUUCAACCUUCUGGUCGACGCUGUAAGAGUUCUGCAAGAUCGAAUCAGCUCUCUUGAGUCUGACAAGUUAGCGCUUGAAGAGCAAAAGAAAAUAUCUGAUGCGCUCAUCGUCGACCUUGUUAAUUCUAACACCAUCAUAGAGGCAAAUUUCUUGAUGUUGAAAGAUGAAGUUGAUUCUCAAAAUAAGAAGAUAGCUGUUCAACAAGAUCAAAUUACAAAUCUGACAGAAGAACGCGACGCCGCUCAAAAACUUAACGUUAAUCUUCUUGAUGCAAACAAAGUUCUCGCUGCGAACUUCAAGAUUCUCGAAGCCAAGGUUUUUGACUUGAAUACACAAAUUUCAUCUCUAACAACUUCCAUUGAUGAUAAGAACAGCAUUAUCACCAAUCAUGAGCUAACCAUUUCAUCCCUCAAAAAUAACAUUGGCACACUGGAGAAAGAACUUGGAAAGGCACAGCAACUCAAUGAGAACUUUGUCGGUGGCAACAUUAUUUUCGAAGCGAACUUCAAGAUUAUCCAAGAUCAAGUGGAUUCCCUGAAGCAGAAAAUUUCGGACCUCACAAAUGAGAGAGAUGCUGCUCAGAAACUGAACGCGAACCUGGUCGAUGGAAACACAAUUCUCCAGGCAAAUUUCAGUUUGCUCAAAAGCAAUGUUGGUGCCCUAAAUCAGCAAGUUGACGACCUCGGUGUUCAACGAGAUGAUCUAACUACGGAAAGAGACGAUGCUCACAAUCUGAUCAGCAGACUUUCUGAUGCCAACAUCAUCUUGAUGGCAAAUUUUGAUCUGUUAAAAGACCAAGUGGAUUCCCUGUCUGAUGAAAAACGAAAAGCUGAUGCUCUCAUCCAGAGCUAUGAAAAUGCAAACAUCGUCAUCAAGGCUAACUUCGAAACGCUUCAGAAACUCGCUCUUACCAUGAAUGACAAGAUCAAGGAUCAAGAUUCAACGAUCAUUCGCCUCAAGGAUGAUGUGAAAGAUCUUCAGGAAGAAAAUGAGAAGCAAAGACUUCUCAUCGAAGACUACGAAUGGGAAAAAUCGAUCGUUGUGGUGACUCCACUCGAUACCUCUGUCGAAAGUGGUCGCAUGGAUAAGAAGAAAAAGAAGGGUCUGUUUGACGGAAGCGACGACAUCUACGAUCUAAAGGCGAAGGUUAUCGAAAAGCAAUUGGAUAUUCUUGCGCUUACUUCUGAGAAAAAUGAUCUUCAAGCUAAAUUUGACGAUUAUAAGAAGCGAAAAGAAGCGCGAAUCGACGACCUGAAAGCGAUGAAAAAGGACCUUGAAGCAAAACUUGAGAAAUCUGAAAACAAUAACGAUCAACUACAAGGCGAAAAUCAAAAGCUUCAGAAAGACCUUGAAGACAACAAGCUUCGAUUGGCGACCAUGAAUGACAUGACCAAGAUUCUCGAAGCAAAUUUGAAGAAGAUCAAGAAUCAUGUUACGGAUUUAACUGAAGAGCUUGUUGAUGUCAAGGCGUCAAAAGCAAAGCUUCAGGGCGAUUUUGAUGGUCUUACAGAGUCGAAAAAGAUCUUGGAUCAAGAACAUGCGAAGCUGAAGAUUGAGAAGGAUCUACUUGAUAAAAAGUACAGUGAUCUUUCUGAAGCAAAAAGAAUCGCCGAUGAACUUAUUAAAAACUACGAAAACGCAAAAACAAUUAUUAACGGUAAUUUGACGUUCAUCAGUGAAUCUGUCAAAACUCUCCAAAGUCAGAUCAGUUCUCUUGAGUCUGAAAAGACAGAUCUUCAGAGCAGACUUACUGCAACGGAAGAAGCGAAAACGAAAAUUGAGGAGCAGAAGAAAAUUGCUGAUCAAUUGAUUACUGAUCUACAAAACUCGAACGUCAUAAUUGCCCAAACUUUCAAGUCGUUGAAUGAUCAAAUUGAUACGUUGAAUCUCGAAAUCGCCAGUCUUACAACUGAGAAGAAAAACGCUGAGAAACUCAAUAGGAAUCCUUUUGAUGCAAGUAUCAUUCUAGCAGCCAACUUCAAAACGGUCAAAAGUCAGGUGGAUUCCUUGAAUGAACGAAUUUCGGAUCUUCAAGAUCAAGUUACUGCUAAGGAUCUUCAAAUCACCAACCUAAUAAAUGAAAGAGACGCGGCCAAAGAACUGAUAUCUAACUUCGAAAACUCAAACAUCAUUCUGACAGAGAAUUUCGAGAAGGUCAAAGAUCAAGUCGAUUUCCUAAAUCAGCGAAUUUCGGAUCUGCAUGAUCAAGUGACUGCUAAAGACCUUCGUAUCAGCAGUCUUACGGAGGAAAGAGACGCAGCAAAAAAUCUGAACUCAGACCUUGAAAACUCUAACAUCAUCAUUGCUGAAAAUUUCAAAAUUGUCGAGGAUAAAGUUGAGUCCUUGAAUCAAGAAAUAUCCGAUCUACAAGAUCAAGUAGCUGCUAAAGACGGUCAAAUUACCAACCUCAAGGAUGAACGGGAUUUGGCGAACGGUCUUGUUUCCGAUCUCGCAAAAUCUAACGUCAUCGUUGCUGAAAACUUGGGAAUAGUCAAAGACCGCGUCGAUUUGCUGAACAAUCAGAUAUCUGAUUUGAAUGAUGACGUAGCAUUUAAGGAACUCCAAAUCACGAAUCUAACGAAAGAAAGGGACGAUGCGAAAGAUUUGAAUGAGGAAUUUCAGAAUUCUAAUGUUAUUCUGGCAGCAAACUUCGCGAUUGUAAAAGACCAGGUUGCUUCCUUGAAUCUUCAGAUUGCUGAUCUUACUUCUGAGAAGAAUGGAGCUCAAAAGCUAAAUGAGAAUCUACGGGAUUCUAACACAAUUUUAUUGGCGAAUUUCAAAAAAGUCGAUGAUCAAGUGGACUCUCUUAGCCGAAACAUCGACGCUCUUACUGCUGAGAGGGACGAAGCUAAGAACCUCAAUAAGGAUCUCUUUGAUGCUACAGUUAUUCUGGAAGCUGACUUCAGUUUAGUCAACAACCAUGUUCAAGGACUUAAUCAAACGAUCUCGACGCUUAGAUCGGAUAAGAAAAAUCUUGAGGAAGAACUUGAAAACGCUCAAUUGCUAUUGGACAACAUGACCGAUAUGAGCAUAAUUCUUGAAGGCAACCUGAUGAAACUUAAACAACAAUUCGACGAACUGUCUGUGGCACUCUCUGAUGUCAAAUCUGAAAAAGCACAACUCGAAGAAGACCACGAUUUGCUUAGUCAAAAAUAUCAUGAUCUUUCUGACGCUAAAAGAAUCGCUGAUGAACUUAUCCAAGACUACGAAAGUGCAAAUACGAUCAUCAAUGGUAAUUUCAAAUUCAUCAUCGACGGCGUUAAAGCUAUGCGAGAUCAGAUCGGCACUCUUGAGUCAGAAAAAUCAGAUCUUCAAAUUAAGCUCACGUCAUCGGAAAAUUCGAGGACAGCUCUGCAGAAGCAGUUUGACGACCUUGAAAUCGCGAAAAACGAAGUUGAUGAACUAAUUGUUGACUUCGUAAACGCGAACAUGAUUGUCGAAGCGAACUUCUCGACGGUCAAAGAUCAGGUUGACUCUCUCCAAAAGACGAUAGCUGAUCAACAAAUGGAAAUCGAAAACCUCAGAACUGAACGAGAUUCUGCCAAAAAACUCAAUCAAAAUCUGGAAAAAUCGAAUUUGAUUAUAAAAUCGAAUUUCACGACGAUUGAAUGCCAGGUGGAUUCUCUCAGACAGAAGAUAAUCGUCCAGGAAGAUGAGAUUGAACACCUUGCGACUCAGCGGGACGACGCGAAAAAUCUCAUCAAGGAUCUUUCGGAUGCAAAUGCUAUCUUGUCAGCGAAUUUUGAGACGGUGAAAGACCAAGUCGAUUCACAAAAUCAGAAGAUUGCCGAUCUUACUUCUGAAAGGGAUGAGUCUUUGAAACUAAGCGAGGAUCUUCUCAGUGCCACGGUGAUCCUAAAAGCGAAUUUCGGCAAGGUCAAAAACCAAGUUGAUUCACUUAAUCAACAAGUUGCCACUCUUACUUCAGAAAGAGACAAUGCCUUGACGAUCAACGAAAGCCUUGUCGGCGCCAAUUCUAUUUUGGAAGCAAACAUUAAGCUUGUCAAAGAUCAAGUUGACCUUUUGAAUGAACGAAUAUCCGUUACUUCUUCUGCUCAGAAACUCAAUGAAAAUCUUGCCGCUGGUACUGUUAUCUUGACACAAAAUUUCUUCAUCGCCAACAAGAAAGUGGCUGUUCUUGAGGAAGAUCUUGAGAAGUCCCAACUUCUUCUGGAAAAUAUGACAGAUAUGAGCAAGAUUCUCGAAGGAAACUUGGAGAAAUUGAACAAACAUCUUGAUGAUUUGUCUGAAGAACUUGCUGUUGUCAAGACGGAGAAAGCAAAGCUUGAACAGGAGCACGAAGAUUUGAAAGAAGCGAAGAAAGAAGCUGAUGACAUCAUCGUUGACUUUGGAAAUGCAAACUUCAUUAUCGAAGAAAAUUUCUCGAAGGUUAAAGACCAGGUGGUUUCUCUCAAUAAGAAGAUAGCUGAGCAAGAAUCGGAAAUCGACAAGCUUACAACUGAGCGAGACGAUGCUCAAAAACUCAACCAAAAUCUUGAAGCCUCGAUUUUUGUACUGAAAUCGAAUUUUUCAAUGGUUGAUGAUCAGGUGGAAUCUUUGCAGAAGAUGAUAAUUGACCAAGGAGACGAAAUCGACACCCUUACAACUGAACGGGACGAUGCUCAAAAACUCAACGAAAAUCAUCUUGAUGCGAACAAAAUCCUCGCAGCAAAUAUAAAAAUUCUCGAAGCCAAGGUUCUCCACCAAAAGUCAAAAAUUUCAUCACUGACCAAAACAAAUUCAUCGCUAACAGAGAUAAUUGCUGAUAAAGAUGCAAUUAUCCAAAAACAUCAUCUAACCAUUUCAUCCCUCGAAAGUAACAUUGUCACUUUAACUGAGACGAUUACGGAAAAAGACGGCGAAAGCGCAAAGCUGACGGGAGAUAUUGAUGAGGCGAAUAAGACAAUUGAAAAUUUACAAAGUCUUGCGAAGAUUGUUGAAGCUAAUUUCAAGCAGGUUGCUGGACAUGUUUCUGACCUUCUAGACAAAAUCUAUGGUUUGGAAAAGGAGAAAACUAUUUUGGAAAAUCAUAAAAAGGCUGCUGAUAAGCUAAUUCUCGAUCUUGAGAACUCAAACAUCAUUCUUACCGCGAAUUUCCACAUUGUCAAGAAUGAAGUGGACGCAUUGAAUUUGAAAAUCACCAGCGUUACUGAAGAAAGAGAUGCUGCCAACGAGCUCAAUGCAAGUUUGACCGAUGCGAACAAAGUCAUCAGGGCGAAUUUCGAUUUGGUCAAAAAUGAAGUCGACGAUCUCAACAAGACGAUCGCCGACCUCACUGCAGAAAGAGAUACUGCCAACAAACUCAAUGCAAGCUUGACAGAUGCGAAUGCAGUAACCAAGGCCAAUUUCGAUUUGGUCACAAAGGAAGUCGACGAUCUCAACAAGACGAUCACCGUCGUAACUGCCGAAAGAGAUGCCGCCAACAGACUCAAUGCAAGCUUGACUGAUGCGAACACAGUUCUUAGGGCGAAUUUCGGUUUAGUCAGAAAGGAAGUUGACGAUCUUAACAAGACGAUCACCAACCUCACUGCAGAAAAGGAUGCUGCCAACAGACUCAAUGCAAGCUUGACCGAUGCGAACAAAGUCAUCAGGGCCAAUUUUGAUUUGGUCAGAAAGGAAGUCGACGCUCUCAACAAGGCGAUCACCGAACUAACUGCAGAAAGGGAUGCUGCAAAGAAACUCAAUGUCAGCUUGACGGAUGCGAACACAACUCUCAAGGCCAAUUUCGAUUUGAUCAAAAAGGAAGUCGACAAUCUCAACAGGACGAUCAUCGAGCUUUCCACAGAAAGGGAUGCUGCCAUCAAACUCAACGCAAGUUUGACUGAUGCAAUUUUUGUUCUCAAGGGAAAUUUCGAAUUGGUCGAAAAGCAUGUUGACAGUCUUCGGAAGCAGAUCAACACUCUUCGAGGAGAAAAUAUCGCGCUUCAAGAAGAAUUGAAAAAGGCUCAUGUUUUAUUGGAUAAUGUUUCAGACAUGAGCAAGAUUCUUGAAGCAAAUCUGAAACAGCUCAAGGAUCAUCUCGCAAAUAUGUCGAAAGAACUCGACGAAGUUAAAGUUUCAAAAGCAAAGCUUGAAAUGGAUCAUGAAUCGCUGAAGGAAUCAAAGAGGAUAUUGAAUGAAGAGAAGAUGAUCGCCGUCAAUCAGACAAAGGACGAAAAGGACAGACUGAAGUCGGAGAAAGAAGAUCUACAAGACGAUUUCGAUGCUCUGACUAAAGUUCACGACGUGGUUAUGGAUGAGAAAGAGAUGUUAGAGAAUGAAUUGAAGAAAAUUACGAAGGAAAAGGAGGAUGCAGAUGUUCUCAUUCAAAAAUUAACCAACGCCAAUGUGAUCGUCCAUAGCAAUUUCAAGCUGAUUUCCGAAUUUGUUGAUGACCUGAGAGAAGAAAAUGAGCGGCUCGAAGUUACGAAAAUCGAACUUCAGAAGCAGUUGAAGGUAAAUGAAACUGCACGACUCGCUCUUGUUAAAGAAAAUGACGUAAAACAGAAAAAGAUCGACGAUCAAAUUCAAGAAAUAAGCGAGCUUGACGGUAAACUUGAUUCGGCCAAAUCAUCUCUUGAUGCUGUUAUCCUGGAGAGAGACAACCUUGGAGGACGAUUACAAGCUUCAGAAAAGAAGAACGAAAGCCUCAAGCAGAAAAACAUCGACCUCGAGAAUCAGCUGGAAAGUAUCAUUGCAGCCAACAAUGUAGUUUCUGCAAAUUUCGUGACAAUUCGAAGCUUUGUUCGAAAGCUUCAAGACGAAAAUAAUGCCCUUACAAAUGACAACAAGCAACUUCAAGCUGAUAAAACUGCGCAAGAUGCUCAAGUAUAUAAACUUAACGGUCUUCUGCAAGACAUCGAAAAGGCGAAUGCAGUGCUGGAGAAAAAUCUGAAAGAAAUUGGCAACAGAGUCUCGAACCUACAAUCCGAGAAGAAGACCCUUGAAACAGAAAAGCGAUCGCUAGAAUCGGACGUCUCAACACUCAAGCUUCAAAAAUCGAAAUUGGAAAUCGACCUGGAGAACGUGCAAAGCUCACAAAUCAUUAUCACCAAAAAUUUUGAAUUCAUCAAAGAGUCCAUUACUAAUCUUAACCUCAAAAUUACAAAGCAAGAAAAUAACAUAAAUGAUUUGACAUCCAAAACCUUCAAAAGACAUUGGCAUCAAGUCGUUGAAAGAUCGAAUUGCGGAGUUGGAGAAGGAAAGCGAGAAGCGAAAGCAAAGGCUGAGAAAGAAAUCGAAGAGUUGAAGACAGCUAAGGUGGAGCAAGAUGAAGAAGUUCUUGAUCUCAAGUGGGAAAAUGACAUUGUCGUGCAGACGCCAUUCAGAGAUGCGGAGAUGAUCGAGUCUUCCAUGGCAGAGGAUGUUGAUAUUGAGGAUGUGUUCUCACUCAGAACAUCCAUCAAAGAAAGCGAAGAAGAAAACAAAGCUCUUCAAAAAAUCAUCGACGAUCUCAACGAUGAAAUCCAACGACUCAUCGAGGAGCAAGGCAAAUCAUUGCAUAGAAUUAAGGCUCUAGAAGACGAAAAGGAAAUUUUGAAGCAAAUUCAGCGUGAUUUGACAGACGAGCGAGCUGAUUUGGAAGCUAAACUCAAUGCUUGUACAACCUGUGGGAACGAAAAAGACAUAGAAAUCAACGAAUACAAGAAAAAUCUUAAUGACUACGAAGAUCUUCUGAAACAGUUGCGUCUCCAACUUGAGCAGCUCGAAGAAAAAGAGCGUCUUGGAUCUCAAGCGGGAGAAGAUCUUAAGAACGAGCUCGACGCUGCCGAGAAGGAGCGAAAGCUGUCGGAGGAUAUUUUGAACAAUGAGGUGACUCCUGCAAUUGAUGAUUUGGAGGCCAGGCAAGCUCUUGCUCGACUUGAUAUGGAUAGGUUGAUCUCGAAGCUUAUGGAUAAUGAAAUGCUUCCAGAAGACUUCACCGACAAUCUGUCCAUCGAUGACCUAAACGAUUCCGUCCGAGAAAAACCGGCUGAAAACGAAUCCGCCGCGGAAAAGGUCAAACGCAGAAUCAUCCCUCUUCCAUUUUUGAUUCGUAAAACCGCAACCGAAAUCAAGACCCUCCGAGUUCGAGAUGUCGUCACCCGCGAGACUCAAACGUUGUUUUCGACUGUCAUCUUUGACACUCCUGAUAUUUCUGUGAAUCUUGAAGAAACCAAGCUUGACUUCCAGCUCGCAAGAACUGGGGAUACUUCUCAAGUGUGCGCGGUGAAUUGGGAGAUCUGGUCGGAGAAUCUUGAAAGCGAUCAGGACUUGUUUGCGGAGCUUUCUGGUGUUGCCAGAUUCCAGGAAGGCGACGAAUACACAUCCGUCAGCGUCGAUUUCAAACCCACUUUCCUCUUCUCUCAAGCCGAAGGAGCGAAAUACUUCACCUGCCGAAUUUCACCAAAUACUAACUGUAACGUUCUUACUGAUCCAGCAGAUGAUCCUCCAAACGAGAUUCAAAUCAGUGUUGAUGGAUUGGAAACGAUGCCGAACGGAAGCGGAUAUUUGGAAUUUUGCUCGCCCGAGAUUAAUAUUUCCCCCAACUCGAAAAAGAUCUCCGUCCGAGUCCGCCGGCGAGGAAGUAUCGGCCGCGCUAAAGAUGCUCUGAUCUUCACUCAAGAUGGGUCGGCUCAAGAAGGCCGCGAUUUCUUUUGCACAAAAGACGUCGCCGGCAAAAUCCGCUUCGGUCCAACUGAUGUUUACAAAGAUCUCAGCCUCAACCUCGGCCCAAGAUCGCUAGAAGAGCGAAACUUCUCGAUGACGCUUGGAAACGCAGAAAAAUCCUCUGUCGAUAUCAUGCGAAACUACGAGACGUCCAUUCGAAUCCUCCCCGCUCUUCCAACUUUCUCUCGACCAAAAUACUCGCAGCUCGCGUCAGUCGAUUCAAUGUCCACCACCUCUUCUGAAGCCGACUACGCGCUAGAAAUUCUCGACGACGACGAUUUGGACACUCUGGAACCAAUUGAUGUCGGUGAUUUCAUCAAGUUCGACUCGAUAAGUGAGGAUGAUUCAAUUUCGUUCGACGAAGAAGUUUUCAAUUUUUGGUACGAGUCUGGAAUUCUCGAAAUUCCCUGCCUAGCGGAAAAGGCGGGAAAAUGGUCAAUCAUCCAAAGCGAUACGAACAAGGUCCCCGAAAUCGUCACCGAAAAAUCCGGCCGUCUUUCAAAAGGCUACAAUCUGAUUAACAUCCGAUUAUCCGUCCCUCUCGAUCGAACAAAAUCGAUUGGUUUCUUCAAGCUCUUGGCAGAAGUAGAAGGCUCAUUCGCGGAAACCCUCAUUGUUCUUCGCCCUCUUCCUUGA